CAUUCACACCUCAAGCAACUCUCAGUUUUCUUGUGCAUCGACAGUCGUCAUGGGCACAACCCUUCUUACCGGUGCUAACGGCUCAUUGGCUAUUCCCGCAGUGAGCUACUUGCUUUCCAAUUAUCCAUCCUGCACGGCGGUUCUUGCGGUGCGGGAUACAACCGACCACGACACGAAUACAGCUAGACUACGGAAAACGAUCGCGGGUCUCCCACAUGGAAGUGUCUCUAUUCGGCAACUCGACCUCGCCUCGCUCUCCUCUGUACAGACCUUCGCCACAGAGGUGCACGAGGAGGUUGUAGAGGGAAAGCUGCCUCCACUUGUGGCCAUCAUAUGCAAUGCAUACACAUGGUGCAUCAACGGCGGAACUCAGUAUAGCAAGGACGGCUUUGAGCGAUCCAUGGCUGUUAACCAUAUUGGCCAUUUGGCCUUGACACUUCGUCUUUUAGGCGAUAUGGACAAGUCCGGUCGAAUCGUGUUCCUCUCUAGCGAUUCACACGAGCCCGGCAGGGCAGGCUUUGAGAAGUAUCCUCCUAUCCUUCCAGAGGAUCUGAACACUCUCGUUCACCCUGCGCCAGACAAGAAAGGCGAAGAAGUUGGCCGAGGUUUUCAGCGCUAUGGACUCUCAAAGCUCGCCAUCGUUAUGAGUAUGUAUGAGCUUCAACGCAAUCUCAAGAAGAGUGAACACUUCAAAGACAUCGCUGUUAUUGCGAUGGACCCUGGCGGUAUGCUCGACUCAAGAACUUUCGGUGGUGCCGAUGUCCCAGCGCUGUGGAAAACUAUCAUCACUGUAAUGAAUUGGCUUCAGCCAUUGCUGAAGCUGAUGAAACCGACACUGCGACGCACUUCUGAUGCAGCCAAGGAUCUCAUUGACCUCUCAAUGCAUGCACAAUUUGCGGGUCAAGAAGGCCACUUCGAGAUGAGGAGGAAGGUGGCUAGCUCCCCUGCCAGCAGGGAUGAGACCAUGCAAGCAGCGUUGUGGAACAAGAGCUUGGAGUGGAGCGGAAUCACUCAAAGUGACACUGCUUUGCCGCUCAAUGAUGCUUGAGAUAUCUCAGGUAGUACAAUCUAUGUGCC